CCUCUCUAAACCAAUCCGCUACGGGGCGGCAGUCACGUGGCUGGCGGAGUCAUAUGACAAGCAGAAUGGCUGCCUCUGUGGAUACCAUCGUGAAGGUAGAGUUUCCGUGGAGUAAACAACGAGUCCACGAACUCAUCGGGCUGUACGAAGAAGAGGAGGUACUCUGGAAUGUCAAAUGCAAGGAUUAUCACAACAAGAACCAGCGGCAAGCCGCCCUGGAGCGGCUCGGUGUCAAACUCAACGUGCCUGUGAAUGAAGUAAAUAAGAAGCUGAUGAAUCUGAGGACCUACUACAGUAAAGAGCUGGCCAAGGUGAAGAAGUCGAGGCUGAUGGCAGGGGACAGCAGGGAAGUGUACCAAUCGCAGUGGCCCUUCUUCGAUCACAUGAACCUCUUCCUCAGCGCACAGGUCGUGCCCAGGAAGGCCACCAUCUCUGAGCUGGCUGAAGAGAAUGGGGAUGCUGGUGAUGACAAGGGUAGUAAACCCUACAGAGAAGACUCCAACCUGGGGGCCAGCUCUGUGAUGAGCAGCAAACGGAAAGCUCCUAAUCACCUGAGCGCCCACAAGAAGUUUCGAGAGGGCCUGCUGCUCCAGGAGGCUGUCCAGGCAUACAAGGCAGCCUCCCUGCCCACCACCCCUCUCCCGGCCCCGCGCUUCGAUGAUGAGGAAGACAUUUUUGGAAAGCACGUGGCCAACGAGCUGCGGCUCGUCAGCAACUUGAGGGCCAAGCAGUUCGCUAAGCUGCAGAUCCAGAACAUCCUCUUCGAAGCGCAGUUCGGCUACUCCGAGCCGCCCCACUUCGUGUCGAGCUUUGAGUCUCCCGAGGGUCCCUCUGACACAGAGAGUGCCCCCGAUCUCCCCCGAAAAUGCCUCUUGACCCACAAGGAGAAGAAUCUGUCCCGCCUGUGCAGGGAUAAAGACCCUACAGAUUGAUACUUCACCUGUGUGAAGGUUUUUAAAAAGCAACACUGAAGGAACCGUCCUACCUCAAAUGUAAGAGCAGGUGACGAUGGGCUUUCCGCAGGUUAUUAUGAGAAGCCUUUGGCUGCAUUCACACUGGGUCUGUUUCGUUUGAAACAAUGUAUCAGUGUGCUCGCUGCUCACAUUUAUCUGCAAGUAAAGGGACCGAGUUCAUUUAGAUGGGAGCUAAAGUUCUUUUGUUUGGUCCUUUUCCAACUUUUUUCAGGACCGAGUUUGUUUGUGUUCACAACGCAGUUUACAGGUGCACUCGGGUCAUUUUUAUGGUCUGUGAACCGGGUGUUUACAAUGUUCUGCAAGGUGUCUUGAAAGAUGGCAGCUAUUAAUGUAGUACUCUGUUUUUUCUAAUAACAUGUUUUAGAUUCUUGCAUAUUGUUGUGGAAGAAAGCACUGCAGGAGCACUUUUUAAUUCGUUUAAUGAAUACAUUUUUUGAAUGCCUGUAGUGCAGUAUUCAGUUAAGCAAUACUGCGCGAUUGUUCUACUGUAGGCAUUAAACAAAGUCAUUGUGAGCUUUGUCCAGUUCAACUUUGAUUUUGGUGUCUAACCAAAUUUCUAUCGGAGCUUCAGUUUCUCGCACUGUUCAUGUAGUUUAGGGUUACCACAUUUCCAGAGUGAAAAACUACAGGGACGUGUGCUUUUAAUUUACUGAUGUCUUUAAAAUAACAGUAUAUGAUAAGACAGUCAUGAUUUAGAAAAUAAAUAUCGGGUGUAUGUACUGCAGAUCAUAACAACUCAUUAUUUUCAUUGUCAUCUAAUCAAAACAUGUUAAAUGUACAAAAAGCCAGAUUAGAAAAAAAUAGAUUUAGCUAUUGCUGGUUAAACGUGCGAUAUACACAUAAUCAUAAGAUUGUUUUAUUUGAAUGUUGCUAACACAGCCUAAUACAUGUGCUGUUAACUUGCUGAGCACACUGAUGAAGUUUGGUACUUUUAAAACAAAUGUGAAUACAAUAGCAAAACUGGGACAAGUUAACAAUUUUACUAUUUCAAACCGGGACAAAAAAUUAUCACCGAAAACAGGGCGAUCUGGUAACCCAAAUGUAGUUCCCCUGAGACAUUUCGAUUUUUGCUCAACUUGUUUCCUCAGAGUAUUAACUAAACUGUGAACAAACUGUUUACUUCUGAUUUUAAGGUUACCUUGUAUAGUUAUUUUCCUAUGUGCAAAAGGACAGAGUCCAGCAGUUUUUCACAUUGAGGUUUAGCAACGGAACCAGACUCUGCGUUUGCCAAACGGAGCGAGACCACCUCUUUACAUGGACUCGGUACGGUUCGUUUCCCCAAGCGGACUUUGUUGUUCACACUUCACACCAAACGUGCCGAACCAUACCGAGUGCGGACCAAACCCUCUAAACGGACCCAGUGUGAACACAGCCUUUUUUUAGUUUAGACUGCACAUUGUCAUGCUAAAAAGGAACGGCUUAUCGGUACAACUUUGGCAUUUACUACAUCCAGUAGCUGUAGUCUGUGCUGCCAGCUUGUUUAAGUUCUUUGACCCUACUGGGGUUUAAAACUACGCUAAAUAUUGAUUCUUUGAGUUAGAAUGCAUAAUCGGAACGUGUGACACCCCCCCCCAAAUGAAAAGCAAAAGCUUGGUUAUACAAGGUCUGGUAUCUAUUAAGUGCACAAUAUUAUUUACUGUAAAUCUAAAUUUAUGUAGCUCAUUAUUGCCCAAAUUGCUCCUAUUUUUGUUCAUAUUUACUUUUAAAAUGUUUCAAAAAACAAACGGGAAACGCAGUCCAUACAGAUAAAUUUGAGUGAUGGGUUUUAAAACCCAGUCUUUAUUCCAGAUGUGAACUGGUGCCAAAUUGACUGUGCAUAAAAGUCUGCUCCUUUUCAAUGUUUAUUUUUCAAGUGCUCACAAAAUACAGAAUUAAAUCACUCGCCUUUUAGACUACGUUAAAGACAUUGAAUACGUUACUCGAAAAGGUGAGAGAUUUAUGAUUGUAUUUUGUGAGCCCCUGAAAAAUAUACAUUGAAAUGUUAGUCAUUGCUCUGGGUCCAGUAUAGUAAGUAGUAUCCACACUAUCAACCUUCAUCCCUCUGUUCAUUUCAAUGAAAGUUGCCAUUUUCACACUGAAUAAAUACAUAUUUGUUUGAUUUAAAAAAUAUAUAUAUGGUAUCCAAUAAGUCAGGCAUCAUAUAUUCUGCUAUUUUAGGAUGUUAAAUUGGCAGCCACACAUCAAACUGAUCUGAAUUCACUCCUCGUUAGUUGAAGACAUUUCACACAAGAAAGAAAUGGAGACGACCAAUAUUAACAGUUCUACCUGUGGUACCUGACUUACUGCACACCCUGUAUAUGGAGAUUAUAAAACUAAGACCCUACGCUGUGACAGGUACAUUAGGAGCAGUUUGUAUUUAUUUAUUUAUUUAUUUAUUUUUAAAAAAGAGUUGUUGCACUCACUAUAAAGGUAUAAUAAAUGGGGACCACAAACCGAAAUUCA